UAAAAGGUGGGGAAGGAAGCUGUUGCUGUGGAAACCUGUGAAUACAUGGCUACCUCACCUUUGAAAGAAAGAAAACACAAAUUCCUCACUACAGGCUUGUAGAAAGCAUACCUUUCUGUAUACACCUAUUCCAUGGCUUCUGGGAAUCUGCUUUCUACAGUGCCUUUGGCCAACUCAUUCGAGAUUGCAAAAGAGAUAUCAACUCAGAAAGUUCCAAAUGCAAGCAGCAGUGCAAUAGAGUUCCUUUCGCUCAUUGGAACAGAUGAGAUCCAGCCCUGCCUUUUUGAAGAGUCACUGGUUGCCAUCUCAGAAAAUGGGCAGACAAUAGGAACAUUCUCCAUUUCGGUGAAAUGGACCUGCUAUGCACCAGAAGGGAGGAUAGAAGAAAAGUGCUACCUGGUCCAUGCAAGAAGCAAAGGGACUGUUGAUGGUGUACCCUGCAUGACCUCCAUUACAGGUUACAUAACAAAUAAUCUAGAAACUGUGGAGCAGCACGUGGAGGAAAGUGUGAGGUUCAGGGAGCAUCCAGUGGAAACCAGAACCCACGUGGUGAAACGCCAAGACCAGAUUUUUGUGAGAAAAACUAUUAUUGAAAGAGAUGAGGAGAUUCAUGUCAACAGCUCUUCUUAUAACUGUUCACUCCUACAAGGCCUAGUCUCAGACUCUGCCAACCUCUUGGUGUUGCGGGUGAUGGCCAGGAGGCAGACUGUCCCAGAGAAUGCCAUUUUCCUGUCAUUUGAUAGCGACCAUCACAUCUGUACCUCCACCUAUAGUGCCUUGGGUUUCCAGAAGCAGCAUGUGGGCAAGGAAGAGGUGGAUGUCUUUGUAAUCGAGAGAGCUGUGCAUUCCACAGAAGGGCUUCCUCUAAACUGGCAGUUCUGCUUCCUGUCAGACGGGCAUUUGUCCCGUCGUGUCCAGGUUGGAUCCCCAGUCAUCAUGUUGCUCCAGCAGGUGCCCAUUCUGAUUGAAACAGAUGAACCGGACCCUCAUCCAGUCUUUGGGAAAAUACCUCUGGACUGGGAGGAGGAUGUGGAGCUGUUCUCCCAAUUCUUAGACAGAAAGGAAGAGCUGCAAGCAAGCCAUGCCACCUAUGUGCGGCGCCAUCCAGAGCUCAGUAACUUGCUGGCAGACUUCUUGCAAUUGUUGCUUCUUCGCAAGCCAGACAAUGUGGUCACUUUUGCAGCUGAGUACUUUGCCCCCUUUUCAGCCCAGAACCCUCCAUGUAGGUCCUUUCAAUCAUCUGACAAGCCCAGCCCCUUUCUCAGCCGUGUCUGAACAGUCAGGGAAUAAUAAAGAUCCAGCUGAUGACAAUGGGACUUUGGGAACUGUUUCUGCAAGUUACCUUGAGGCUUUUUGCCCAGCGGAAAGGAUGGCUGUUUUACAGAUAGCACAGACUUGGUUAUAAUGUCUUUCAGCGGAUCUUGCAGUGAGCUGAUACAGUUCGGAUUUCUGUGCAGAAUCCAAUUGAAAUGAUGCAAAAGGAGAAAUGGUGAACAUUCUUUGGAAUGUGACAUUUUAAAAAUGUUCUUUCUCUAACAUAAUAAUAAAGCUCAUCAAAAAUUUUCAUUUAUGAUUUUAUUUUUAAGCAACUUCAACAAAAAAUGGAAAAUUAAAUUAACCUACCACCAAACUAACAGCAAAUAUGACUAAGAGCAACAUUAAAAAAAAACUUACGAAAAUGCGAAACUGUAUUCAACUAUAUGUAAGAGAAGUUGGGGGGCAGGAGCCAUCUGCAGAUGUUAAUUGUACAACAUUGCUGACUUGCUGGGGGUCUCAUGUGAAGUUUUUCAUUGGAUUAACCCUGACCUAGGAAACCAGUGGACUUAAAGAAAUAUUUUGGAGAAAUGAUCAAAUAGAUUACAUCCAGUGCUGGAAGAAUAUCCCCUCUCAAAGGAGGCCAUCUAAAGUAAGCAUGACAAAUGGGUAACCGCUAUACAUUUAUUGCACUUAAACAGACUGAAAGAAA